ACUGGCAGCCAGAGAGCGCUCACGGUGUAACCUCAACUAUCAUGGAAACAACAGCUGGUACAAAAGUCUCAGUACCAGACCUGCGACAUGUGACAUCUUCUGGAGCGCUUUCACCAGCAACUACAAUGUCACCAAGCUCAAACUCACCAACAUCCACCACCCGCGGUCGUCUCUCCCAGCAUUACGGAUUAGGAUUAGGCUUGGGUUCGCCUCUAGGCUCGAGCUCGAUACCCAGCUCACCGACCAGCGUACAUUCCUCGUCGUCUGCGAUUUUCGAGCGGGAUAUCGAGGGGCCAACGACGACGACGAGCACGACGAGUACGAAUGCCACCCGCCCAAAUCCACAUCAUAUCGCACGCGGACACACCACAGAGACUCUAGACCAAAACGUUCCUUCGGUGUUGGACAGCGCUGCGGAGAUCUUGGCUGCAGGCAAAGGCGAUAAUGUGUUGGUUAUCGAAUCAGUCUCGGUGUCGUCUGGCAGUGGAUGGGCGAGUCCGAGGUCGAUGGGGAGUAGGAGUCCUAGCCCAAGUCCACUAGGACAAGGGAGUUUGUUGUUGGGUGUUCCUGGAGCAGGUGCAGUGUCGACGUCUCCGCCUAGACCGACGAUAGCGACGUCGUUGAGUUCACCGAGCAAGUCGCCGCCGACGACGAUCGCUGCUACAUCUCCCGACGACGAUUCGGCAUCCACCGAUGAACCCCUAACCACAAAACGAGAUACAGUCCCCGACUACCCUUGGUCCUCCCCACACUCACACUCCCCUCCCCACACUCUGUCCACAAAACGUCUCUCAUUCGUCUCGUACUCUGAUCUUCUCACCUCUACACCUACUUUGAGUUUGCCCCUUUCAACGCUCACCGCUGCAGCGAACGAGCCACCGCAUAUCGCCACUGUGGGGAAUGCGCUUGAGGGGCUGGCGCAUACACAUCCUACUCAUCCGAACCACCCUCCCACAUCCACAUCGCCUCCAUCUUCUCCCCUGUCCACUCCAACUCCCCUGGGUUUCGGCUACGACCACGCUUCGUCCAGUCGCAGUCCGAGUUUGGCUUAUCAGAGACCCUCUACGCCGGGCAGUGGGAGUGUAGGCGGGAGUGCGAGUAGGAACAGGAGUAACAGAGCCUCUGCAGUGUUUCUCGACGAUUUACUCGGCGGGGAGUGGCAGAGGGAGGGCUUGGGCAGGGGUUUGGAGGAGAGGUUGGAGGAGCUGGGAGGCGAUGUUUGAAUUCCAACUCCUGAGCGGUGAUGGCGAUAUGCGUUUUAGUUUCGCUGUUCUCUGAAUUUGGCGAAUUUGGAUUAAAGGAUAUGGUUCGUGAACUGUCUUCAUACGACCAAGUAUGCAUUUAAGAUAUACAUAUAAAAAAAGGUAUUUUUUCUACUAAUCAAAUCAACUAUGUUAUGUAUUGUUCCAUUACAUAUGUGUUUUGUAUUUCGGUGCUUUUGUUCUACGCAAAGGAUAUCGCGGAUGCUGUUCAGUGUACAUUGGUUUGUCUGACAUCAAGUCUGGUUACAUCUCAACGCUCUGCUUGUUGGUAACUCGUUUGCCAGUGCACUGACUUGUCACCCUCCCUAUUCAGUCACGAGUUGUGCAACUACCGCUUGCUCAAUGACCUUCUCAUUCAUUUGUAUACUAGCGAACUCCUGCGGG